GGCUUUAUAUAUGCGCCUGUUCUCCUUCCAAUCUCCACAACCAAGUUCUAACGAGCUCAAAAAAUUCCCCAACACUUCCAGUUCCACGACACACACAAGCGCAGAGAUUCCAUGGGAGCGAAGCUUUCCUCCUGGUUCAACCACCGAGGCAGCCUCUCGCAGAAGCUGGCGGCGUCUCCGGCGCCGGUUAGGAUCAUCGCCGCCGACGGCUCGCUGAAGGAGCUCCCGGCCAGCCACCGCGUCACCGUCUCCGACGUUCUCGCCGGCAACGAAGCUAGCGCCUUCUUCGUGUGCAGCUCCGACGCGCUCUACUUCGACCAGAGCCCUCCGGCGCUGGCGCCCGGCGAGCUGCUCCAGCCGGGGCAGAUCUACUUCCUGCUGCCCGCGGCAGCGCUCGGGCGGCCGCUCUCGAGCGCGGACAUGGCUGCGAUGGCCGUGCGCGCGAGUGCGGCGCUCGCGGCCAAGAGGCCCCAGCGGCGCCACGGCAGCGGCGGCGGCAAAAAGAAGCUGAAAAUGCGCGUGGUGCCGGUGCACGAGGAGCUGGUGGCCGGCGAGGACGGUCUGUUCAACGAGAAGCUUAACGAGCGGACGCUCGGGGAGUUCGCGGCCGUGUCGCUUAUUCCGGCAAAGGGCGAUGAGAAGCUCGCCGCGGCGGCGGCGGCGCGGUUGCGGCUGAAGCGGGCUCUGAGCAUCAUUCAAGAAGAUGCCGAGUGAAAGCAUUUCUGAAAGAUAGAUAGUGUUCUUUUGUUCUUUUUCCCAUUUAGCACCAGUUUUUUGUGAGGCUGGUCGCUGGAGCCUAAAUUGAAUUGGUUUCAGUGGAUUUAGGUGAGACAAUGAGCUCUGGGAAAGAGGAUAUAAAUAUCUCCCAAUGUACAUAAUUUAGUAGAUGCGGUACUGCAGGAAUUCAAAACACCGUUCCUAUCUUGUCUCUCCAAAAAAAAAAAUAUGCUCAGUAAGAUGCAAGUAGAACACCUUCGUCACGGUCAAAAAGGUCAUGUACACCCCAGAACUGACAAACUGAAAUAAUUAAAACUGACCAAUCAUCA